GAGCAGCUGUACCUUCUUGCUCUCCCUGUCUGGGGGGAUCCUCCAGGCCUCUCAUCACCCCAUGGAUUUCUCUGCCGGAAGCGUGCGCGCUCAGACUCGCGCCCAGGGCCGUGGCGCUGGUCAAGAGGCAUGGCUCCUGCCCGGUGGCCAGAGACCCAGAUGGCCGGCCAGAGAGCCGCCCGGAGCUCGGCCCCUUCCUGGCCGGCCUCUUCCGCCCAGGAGCGCCCAGAAGGGCCUUUCCGCGGCCCGCAGGGGAGGGUCCCGGGAUCCAGCCUUGGCAGCGGAGGAGGAGAGGGUCCCGCUUCUGGUGGACAAUCCGAAGGGGCUGAUCUGCCAGGCAGCGCUGUUCCUGUCCCGCCCCGCUGCCAACCCUCUCCUCCCACAGCUGAGCUGGCAGCCCUCGAGAGCAUGGGCCCAGAGGAGCUGGUGGAGGAGCCCCCUAGCUCUGCAGGGCCAACGGGCCCCGCUGGCCUGCUGGAAAUGAGGACAAAGCAGCCCACCCCGGUCCCCGGGAGGAAGGUCCUGCAUGGCUCCCUGGAAGAUCUCUCCAAAGCCACAGCUAUGCAGAUGUCAAGUCCGGAGCGCAGACUGUUCCGCCGACCACUGGGGAAAGGAACAAAGGACACGGACAAGUGGAGGAGGGAAUCUAAAUACGUGCAAACCCAGCCUCUCUACCAAGACUACUGGAUGAAGCACCUCAAGGCAGUGGAGCGCAAGCCCAAGGAUUCGUCUUUCCGGGUGGACGCCAGCCUACCCAUCGCUGGCAUCCUCUCCUCCUCCCUGCUCGGCGCAGCCUCGCAGAUCUCUUCCCGCGACUACAGCUUCUGCUUCUGGCAGGAGAUCCCAGAGGUGAAGAGCAGGCGGCUCCUGGAGAGUCUCACGCCCCGGCAGCACCACCUGCAGGAGGCCAUGUUUGAGAUGAUCACAUCAGAGGCCUCCUACCUGUGCAGCCUCUCGGUGGCCAUGAGCCACUUCAAGGGAUCGCUGGCGCUGCGGGAGACGCUGACCAGGGCCGAGGUGCACCGGCUCUUCUCCAACCUGCAGCAGGUGAAGGACAUCAGUGAAAGGUUUCUCCUGGAUCUCGAGGAGCACAUGGACAAGGACAUCUUCCUGGCGGGGCUGGGGGCCGUGGUCCUGAAGCACUGCCCCGCCUUCCACAGGGUCUACAUUCCCUACGUCACCAACCAGAUGUACCAGGAACAGCUCAUGCAGCAGCUGAUACGGGAGAACUGGCGCUUCCGGCAGGUCCUGAGGAAGCUGGAGGAGCAGCCGGUGUGCCAGCGGCAGCCCCUGAAAUCCUUCCUGGUGCUGCCCUUCCAGAGGAUCACCCGCCUGAAGAUCCUGCUGGAGAACAUCCUGAAGCUGGCCCCGGCAGACUCCGAGCUGGCCAGUUCCAUCAGCGCGGCCCUGAUGGCAGUGGGAGAGAUCGUGUUGGAGUGCAACGAGAACGUGUGGAGAAUGAAGCAGACGGAGGAGCUGGUGCUGCUGGAGAAGCAAGUUGAGUUCGUAAAGACAAAGUCCAUCCCACUCAUCAGCCGGGGCCGCUGGCUGGUCAGGGCUGGGGAGUUCUCCCAGGUCCUCAUCCAGGAGGUGGGUGUGGGGUACAAACCCCGCCUGAGCACCAAGCCCAUCUAUCUGCACCUCCUCAGCGACCUGCUGCUCUUGUCCCGCCAGAGGGACAAUGGCAGGUUUUCAGUCAAGGAUUACGCCCAGACCUGCCAUGUGAGAGCAGAGCAACUCAGAGCCAAGCCGCUGGGGCUCCCCGACACAACCUUCCUCUUGUACCUCUCCCGCAACCACUGCGGGGCCAGCACCGAGUUCAUCCUCAAAGCAGCCAGCGAGGCCCAGAGGCAGGAGUGGAUCUCGCUGAUAACCAGCCAGGCGUCCCCUCGGCCUGCGGGUGUGAUCAAAGCCCUGAGAGAUGCCUGCGCUGGUCUCUGACUUGCUGGGGCCCAGGCCAGCCAGACUCCAUGCUUGGCCUUUCCUUUUCCUGUCCCUGGCUGCUCCCCCAGAGGACGACCUCCCGCCUGCUGCACAAGGGGGUCUGCAGCCCCUCGCCUGUUUGGAGCCCUGUCCGGGCCCAGCUGUUCUUCACAGGCCUGGGAGCUCCGCUUGGGGACCUUGUGCGGGGUGCAUGCAGCAAGCUGCACUGGACUCAGCGGUGGGGCGGGGCGGGGAGGGGUGGUGCAUGGCAUGGCAAGCU